UAUAGGUUUAAAGAUGUGAGUUACGAUAUAUUGUGGCCAUAAAAAUAUAUGUCAUUUAAAAAAAAAUAAGAAAAAAAAAGUAAGAAAAAUUAAUAUAAAAAGUUGUUUCUUUAAUGAAUUAAUGAGGAAGUAAUGUAUCAUAAAAUUAGCACCAAAGAAUGUGGUGCAGUGAAUGAGACUGCUCCUCCCUUAAUCUGAGGUCUCGGUUCGAGCCCUGAGUAUGGACCUUCCCCCAACGGGCUCUACGCAGUGCGAAUCCGAAUAUAGUCGGACUCCAAUACUGAUACCGGACAACGGGUGAGAAAUAAAAAAAAUACCAAAAAAAAAAAAAAGGUCCCAUGAAGUGGAACAUAAGAAUAUGUAAUUUAAAAAGGUUAAAAUAGGCUUCCCGCCUUCACUCAUCACCAUAUUACAUAAUUCUCAAUACACAGUAUAUUCAAGCUUGAUAUAUUAAAGCUUGAUCAAAGCUAUUUUAUUUCUUGUACUAUGUCAUGGCAAAUGCUAGACGAAUAAUAAACAUCACUUGGAAUUUCACCCAACAACCUUAUUACAAUUACCUUGCAAUUCUUGAUGUCUGUAUAGAAUCAAAAUCAUUAUUAAUAGGCAAAUCAAUUCAUCAACACAUACUAAAACACAAUCACUAUAACGAAAACCGCUCAAAUUUACUAGACAAGUUAACUCGUUUUUAUGUAUCGUGUAGUAGACUCGAUCUUGCACGCCAAGUGUUUGAUAAAAUUCCUGAACCAGAUAGAAAUAAAAAAACCAUAUUAUGGAACCAAAUGAUUAGAGCUUAUGCUUGGAAUGGACCCUUUGAGAAAGCUAUUGAUUUGUACUAUGAAAUGGUGGGGUUAGGUGUGGGACCUACUAAUUAUACUUACCCUUUUGUUAUUAAAGCUUGUUCUGCUUUGCAGGAUUUCGAAAACGGCUUAAAGAUUCAUGAACAUGUAAAAAGGCAAGGGCUUGAUCGCGACGUUUAUAUAUGUACAGCUUUUGUUGAUUUUUAUGCGAAAUGUGGGUUGUUGGUUGAGGCGCGACGAGUUUUUGAUGGAAUGUGUCAGAGAGAUAUUGUCGCGUGGAACGCGAUGAUUUCAGGGUGCUCGGUGAAUGGUUUGUAUUUGGAGAUGAUGGGGUUGGUUUUGGAGAUGCAAGAAAACAGGCUAAGUCCAAAUUCGUCUACGAUUGUGGCUAUUCUUCCUGCUAUCGCGGAAGCUAAUAAGUUGCGUGAAGGGAAGACUGUUCACGGGUAUUCUAUGAGAAGGGGGUUUGUGAAUGAUGUAGUUGUUGAUACUGGAAUUUUGGAUGUGUAUGCAAAAUGCGGUUGGUUGAACUACGCGAAGAGGAUUUUUAGAGUCAUGAGUAUUAAGAAUGAGAUAACGCGGAGUGCUAUGAUAGGAGCGUACAUAACGUGUGAUUCUACACUAGAAGGAUUGGAACUGUUCGAACAAAUGAGAUUGGAAGAAGAUAUCGGGUCUCCCUCUCCUGUUAUGCUUGCCACUGUCGUUCGAGCUUGUGCUAAGCUGAAUGAUCUGAGAAGAGGUAGUAAGAUGCAUGGUUAUACUGUUAAGUCGGGGUUUAAUUUGGACUUGAUGGUGAGUAAUACUCUUCUUUCUAUGUACGCAAAGUGCGGGAGUAUAGAUGAUGCGCUUAACUUCUUUGAGGAGAUGGGUUUAAAAGAUUCAGUUUCUUUUAGUGCUAUAAUUGCAGGGUGUGUCCAGAACGGGUAUGCGGAAGAAUCUUUGCGGAUUUUUCGAUUGAUGCAAUUGUCUAGGGUUGAGCCAGAAUCUGCAACGGUGAUGGGAAUUUUACCGGCUUGUUCACAUUUGGCUGCUCUACAACUCGGAGUUUGCACCCAUGGUUACUCGAUAGUGCGUGGAUUUACAGAGGAUGUUUCUAUUUGUAAUGCUCUAAUUGACAUGUACUCGAAAUGUGGUAAAAUCGGCACUGCUAGGAUCGUCUUCGAUAAGAUGAAUAAAAGGGAUGUCGUCUCGUGGAACGCGAUGAUAGCUGGAUAUGGAGUUCACGGUCGUGGAAAGGAAGCAAUUUCACUGUUCCAUGACAUGCAGACUGUAGGUCAAAUGCCUGAUGAGAUAACUUUCAUUGGUCUCUUAUUUGCUUGCAGCCAUUCAGCUCUUGUUGCUGAAGGGAAGUAUUGGUUCUUCCGCAUGUGUGAAGAGUUCAAAAUUAGCCCUAGGAUGGAUCAUUACUUGUGCAUGGUGGAUCUUUUGGGGCGUAACGGUCUUUUGGACGAGGCCUAUGGUUUCAUCGAGGAUAUGCCUUUUAAACCCGAUGUCCGUAUCUGGAGUGCUUUACUUGCUGCUUGUAGAAUCCAUAAGCAUAUUGUACUAGCAGAAGAAGUAUCCAAUAAGAUCCAACAUCUAGGACCUGAAAGUCCAGGUAAUUUUGUUCUUUUAUCUAAUUUGUAUACGAUCGCUGGGAGAUGGGAUGACGCUGCUCAUGUUAGAGUUAAGCAGAAGGAUUCGGGCUUUAAGAAAAGCCCGGGUUGUAGUUGGAUCGAAAUGAAUGGUGUUGUCCAUGCAUUUGUUGGUGGAGAUCAGUCCCACCCUCAGUCUGAUAAAAUAAAUGAGAAAUUGAAGGAACUUUGGACGGAGAUGAAAAAAUUGGGGUAUAGUGCGGAAUCAAGUUUUGUCUACCAAGAUGUUGAGGAAGAAGAGAAGGAACAGAUUCUGCUUUAUCACAGCGAGAAGCUUGCAGUUGCAUUUGUGUUGCUAAAUCUGGACCCUAACAAGUCCAUACUCGUUACUAAGAAUUUGCGAGUUUGUGUCGACUGCCACAGUACGCUGAAGUAUAUAACUCUAAUUGCGAAAAGAGAAAUUACAGUAAGGGAUGCAAGUCGAUUUCAUCAUUUCAGAGAUGGAAUAUGUAGCUGCGGGGAUUUCUGGUGAAGAAGGAUUGGAACUGUUUCUGUUGCUUGAUAUAGAACUAAGAUCUAGACUCUACUAAUGUAGCAUUGUCUAUCUGAAUUAGGUUAUUGAAGGAUAUUCAAAGAUGAUAUCUUGAUUGCAUGUUCUAUUAGACCAUUAUGAGGGUCCUUAAAUUCACGAGAACAUUGCUUGGCAGAUUUUGACAGUAUACCAUUUCUUAGAUGCAGAGGGUGGACAAACUAUACAUUGUAGUAAGAUGAUGAGGGAAAAAGACUUGUGGGAUGCAGCGUCUGCUGCUAUGUGCUGAGAACACAACAUUGCGAAUUGCUUGUACAGAGUCUUGUCUUCUAGAUUAUUAAAGUAUUAUCGUGGGUACUAGAUGUAUUGGUGAAAAUAUACUGGAAUUGGAGACUGAUCAGACACAUGGCAAUCAUAGAACGGACUACUGUCAACCACAAGUCAGUCAAUGGCCAUCGAAUUGAAGACUUGCUCGAUCAUCCAAGAAUCAGCUCCCGCAUCCUCUUCAUUCGCACUGAACAACAGAAGCCUGGGAUGAUCUGUCCGGAAGGUUCAGAGCGCCUGAACAGAGGAUAGCUCAAACAACGGCCAAAUCUGGGAUAUGCAGGAGUUCAUUUAAUCUCAUACGAUGCCUACGAUCUCAGCCAUGUAACGGUUGAAAUGGGCGAGAAUCACGGAAGUGGUUACCACCGGCCUACCCUAUAAAUUCCCCCACUUCCCACUAUUGUAACCAUGUGAAUUCAUCUGAUUACACACGGCUCGGAACAUAUUCUGUCAGUUGCAUCAAGUGUUCUUCACCGCAGACAUCAAGCAACUCAAUAAGAUUCUCUUUAUCUCCUGUUUUUAUUA